CGCAGCAAAAUCCAAAAGGCGAGCAGUUCAUUUUUUUUUUUAUUUUCGAUGCUUUUGAGUGAAGCGAAGGCGACCGCGUUCGCCGGCGCGAUACCUUUGCAUUUGGAGUCAGGCGGCUCCCGGCCUCUAUAUAAUCCGGGUUCGAGCCCCGUAGUCGUGGGUUACUGGAGAGGUCCGCGCUGUUCCGACUCGCCCAGAGCAAUCCCCGAGCUAGAGUGAGGCUUUCACACCGGCACUGAGCGCCUGCACGGCGAGAGCAAGCCGCGGCGCUUAGAGAGAGAGAGAGGGAGAGAGAGGGAGAGGGAAAAAAGGGGGAAAGGAAGGAAGGAGGGAGGGAGGGCUGGCGAGACAUUUCCCUCGGCUUGAGGGAGCCGGUUGCGGAGUGGGAGAACAAGGGGAGCCGUUUCUAUUUCCUUCGAGUCACCGGCACUCGAGCUGUGUGAUACAAAACGAUUUAAAACAAGUAAACGCGAAGGAGUCGCGGUCUCCCGCCGCGCCGGUGUGUUUGUUGCGGUGCUGGGGGUCGCAGUCACAUAUCGCCAGCCAUGGAAAAAGUUGAAUACAUUGAAGAGCAUGAAAACGGAGCAGCUGUAGUAGACGUUGUGAAGACUUCGGAAAGAUGUUACCCUUACAGAUACACAAAGGAGGAACUGCUGGAAAUAAAGGAAUCCCCCUGGUCCAAUCAAAGACAUGAAUGCCUUUCAGAGAAGUAUGACAGUGAUGGUGUCUGGGACCCUGAGAAGUGGCACGCAUCCCUUUACCCUGCUUCUGAAAGAAGCUCUCCAGUAGAUGGGUUUAAAAAUUACACGGAUGACAGAGCACCCCUGAAACGCAGGAUUGCAGACCCCCGGGAGCGUGUGAAGGAGGACGACCUGGACGUGGUCCUGAGCCCGCAGAGACGCAGUUUUGGGGGAGGCUGCCAGGUGAACGUGGUGCCGAGCGCGACAGCGGCGCGCAGAGAGGUCAGCCCGCUGGAGAACAAGGAGAAUGAGAACCUGCGGCUGGGCGGCGGCCGGAGAAUCGGCAGCGGCAGGAUCAUCGCGUCUCGGGUGUUCGAGAGGGACCCGCGGGGCGAGAAGGAACUGCGCGAGAGAGAGCCACACCCCAGGGAGAGGGAGCGAGAGAGGGAUUACAAAGACAAGCGAUUCAGAAGGGAUUUUGGUGACAAGCGUGUCUUUAGUGAGAGGAGACGAAAUGACUCGUACACAGAGGAGGAGCCAGAAUGGUUCUCUGGGGGUCCCACAAGUCAGUCUGAAACCAUUGAGCUGACCGGCUUCGAUGACAAAGUGCUAGAGGAGGACAAGAGGCGAUACAAGCGCUCAAGAAAGCGCUCGGAGUCAGUGCGAGAAGCUGUUGAGUGCAACGGAGGCUUGGCAGAGGAGCCGGCGGUGGAGCUCUCCCCUGACUCUGCAGCCGAUCAGGAGGUCCCCCAGGGGGUGGUGUUGCCGGAGCCUUCUGCGCCGGGGGAGUUCGACUUUAAUGAGUUCUUCAACCUGGACAAGACUGUGCCCGGGCUCGCUUCAAUGAUUGAAGAUGUCCUGGGAGAGGGCACUGCCUCGGCCAGUCGGUUUAGCCAGUGGUUCUCCAGUAAUGUCAGUCCGUCAGCCAGUCGGACCAGCAGUCUCCGGUCCACCCCUCACGAGGAGCUGGAGCGUUUAGCAGGUCUAGAGCACAAGUUUGUGUCCUCCGCGCAUGGCCUGGCAAACUACUUUGCUCCCAUCCAGUCUUUGGAAGACAAGAAGGACAAGGUGGAUAUCCUGGAGAUGCUGCAGAAGGCCAAGGUUGAUCUGAAGCCGCUCUUGUCGAGCCUCACUGUCAACAAAGAGAAACUGAAGGAGAGCUCACAUUCGGGAGUGGUGCUCUCGUUGGAGGAGGUGGAGACAGGGCUGAAGGGUUUGAAAGUGGAGGCGGAGAGGAAGCGGGGCACACCGUUCAUGGCUGAGCAGUUGGAAGAGGCGCUGACGGCCGGCGUGGGGUCCCGGCCCCCUGUUGUGAAGAGAGAUGGGGACAUGUCCGCCUUCAACAAACUGGUUAGCAGCAUGAAGGCAGGUGGCACACUGCCGGCUCUGCCUAAAGGAAACCGAAACCUGGAUAGCCAGCUGCUGCACCCUUCAGAAGUACCUGUGCAAUCUGCACCGCAGAAGAACAUUCUGCAGGAGAUUCUGGGGCCGCAGGCUCCUCGCAGGUCUGCUUCCCCUAACCUCCUGAGCAGUUUGCUGGGCAGUACAGACCCGCUUGCAGUUCUGCAAGGGCAUCGCGGUCCCUCCCCCCCACUGUUUCCACAGCGAGCUCCUUCCCCAGAUUACUUCCCUGGCCGAUUGGAACAAACUGCUGGUUUUGUCCCGGAUUCUCAUCAGCAGAUUAUUGGAGAGAGCUUCCCUGGGCUCCGCAGAAAAACAAGCCCUGGUCCUCACCAGGUGAACCCCAUGGCUCUAGGUCUGGACCAAGCCACACUGGAGGCACUGGCCUUCCAGCAAGAUCUAGCCCUGCAUGCGCGCCAGCUGUACCAGUCAGGGUUUGGCAAUAUGCAAAUGGAGAAGGGCAGAGAUGUGUACAGGAAUAGGCAGCCAUGGGUUACCAGAUCCCCUGGUCCAGGAGGACACAGAGCCAGUGCUGGUUCUCCAGGGAAUGCAGUCACUAGCAUGUUAUCUCCUUCUUUUACACCUACCUCUGUGAUCCGGAAGAUGUAUGAAACCAAGGAGAAGAGCAAAGAUGAGCCAGGAACUGUGAAACCUGCCGAUGGCAAAGAGGAAGGGACAGCUAGAUCACAAGAAGACAAUGGUGUCUCUCCGACCUCUUCCUUGGACCAUGCAGAGCAAAAUGCUUCCCCUCCAACAGGAGCCAAACCCUCUGGCUUCCAGCGCUCUGCCUGCUCCACCCCGCUCUCCAACCAGAGCUGCUUCACUGAGGACCAGGACUACCGGCCCCGUUCUGCAGGCAGGAGGACCCCUACCAUGGUGUCUCCUGUGCCCAGCGCCCCCUACCCGCGCCCCAUGUGUCCGCUACCCCUGGUCUCGCAUGUGCCCCUGGUGCGCCCUGCACCCCCACAGCUGCACCCCGGGGUCGUCCAGAGGCUGCUCGCUCAGGGCUUCUCUCCCCAGCAGCUCCCUCCUGCAUUGCUGCAAGCAGGAAUGUUUCCCCAAGGUGUGGACUUGUCCCAGCUUCAGGGGCUUCCCCCUCCCUUGCUGGGACAGCCCUUCUACCCCUUGCCUACGGCCGGACACCCCCUGCUCGGCUCCCGCCCCGGGGCUCCCCUGCACCUGGCAGUGAUGCAGCAGCAGCUCCAGCAGAGACCAGUGGUGGUGCCCCCUGGCCCAGUCUCUCCAGUAACCAGUUUAGCACAGUCUCUCCAGCACAGCGCUGCAGCCAGGCACGCUCACCCCAACGCCCCCCAGCACGUGCAGUACCAGGGCCAGCGCAACGGCUCCCCUGUUGGCCUCGCCAAGUGGUUCGGAACGGACGUGCUGCAGCAGCCCCUGCCUUCCAUGCCAGCCAAGGUCAUCAGUGUUGACGAACUAGAAUAUCGACAAUAAGAAUAUCCGAAAACGAAGCACCCAACCAUUGGACUCUCAGUGAGAGAACAUUUCAUUCUUCAAGGAUGGAAUAAUGUGUAUUUAUUGACUUUGUUCUGUGGCGCUUUUUUUUUUUAUGAACAAGCUUUAUAGAAUUAUAGCUUUUUGUGUGGGGAGCACUCAAGUCUGCUCAGCCUUUGUCUUGAACCAAGAGACGCUGUUGUCGGCAAAAUGAGAGACCUAGAGAUGGUCUGUGGAGAUACAAGGGACUUUUUUUUUUUUUUGGUAUUUGAAACUUAUGUAAUGUCCUAGUUGGCUUUUUUUUUUGCAGUUUUACAAUGAAGAAAAUGUAUAGGUUCAAAGUGUACAGACAUGCAUAAACUGAUCUUUUCAUAGUGUACAUAUAAAACAUCUAUCACAGCGUGGGGUGGUUUUUUUUGAGAAGGUCAUUCUGCUGUAUAUAAGAGUAGCUAGUGCAGCUUUGAGAGAGCUGAAACCGGGUGCACUCAAGUGAGAUUGGAGACUAACGUCUAGUCCAUUUUGGGUUUUGUACUGCAGCCAGGAAGUGUACUGGUUUAAACUCAACAGUGGGUUUUGUAUAGUUAACUUUUACUUUUGUGUGUUGGGUAAUUUUUUUUUUUUUAUUUUUUGGGGGGGGUAUAGAAUAAAGGCAUAUGUAAUGGUUUUUCUUCCUUUUAACAGUUUUCAAUGAAUGAAAAGAUAACUGAAUAAUUUGCAAACCUGUGUCGGUUUGAUCAGGUGUUUGUUGUUGUGUUUUUUUUUUUUUUUUUUUUUUUCUAGUUUCACAGGACAAACUGUAUGCAGCAUACACACCCAUAGGAAGUCUUCCCCCAGAACUGAGCAGAUGAAAGGGGGGGGGAGGGAAUAAGGUGAAUUUAGAAAAUGCAAAAAAGCUUUGAUCCAUUUGGAAUAGAACCCUUCAACUCUGUGCGUGUGUUUUGAAUUUUGAUUUUUUUUUUUUUCGUUUGCUUGAUUGUGAAUGGUUGUGUUUUUGAUCUUUUGUGGUUGUGCCUUCUCUGUGGCGGAGGCAGUUUGAUCUCUAGGGUAAUUUUUUUUUUUUUGUUUUUUUUCCCCUUUCACUAUGGUGAGAGCACUGCUUUAUUGUAAAACAAAAAAAACGAUCAGCAUUUUGGGGAAUUGUUGCAAAAUGUGCUAUUUAAUGAAAAGCACAAAUAUUAGAAACAAUAAAUAAAAUGCACUCAAACUUGUGUUUUUUUUUUUUUAUUUAACCUUGCAAGUGUUCUGCAUCGCUUAUGUCUUGAUGGGCAACAAAAAUAAACUUAAUUCUGAAAUCCCUUCUA